AUUUGUGUAUACGGAUAUGACGUCUUUGAUAAAAAUCUAAAACCAUUUCAUUGUCAUAUCUUGAUUCAGGGAUAAGUUGGAGCAAGAGUUGGAGGGAGAGAGACGUUUCACAUUUUUAUGUGCACGUAUCCCCUAAGUCAUUUUCGAGGUGAUUUUUGGGGUAUUUCCUUACAGGAUACCGACCAACUCUGACCUGUGACGUCACCGUCGAUACCGUCGUCUGCGGCGGCUAGGACCGUCGAUUGUCACCAUGGAGGGUGACGGGGGGCGCCAGUCGACGCUGGACCCCGAUCACUCCGGUGUGCAGGACAACGAGCUGAAGCUGGUCAACAUCGACACGAGCGGCGAGCAGGCGUCGUCACCGACCUGUCCUCUGAACCUGCUGGUGCGCUCGCCGCUCGCCAACAAGGCCGACCUGGAGCUCUCCGAUCCAUUUCUGAUCGCCGGGAGUAUGUCCGGUGGCGGCGGCGGCGGCGGCGGGGAUCGCCCGGUGCCCACAGACGAGCUGGUCGAUUUCAGAGAGAAGGGCUCCCGCGAGGCGGACGGCAGUGGACGUACAGAGGACGGUGAUAUGGAGCUGAUUGGAGACGACGCACUGGAGCAGUUUGGCGGCGAGGCGGACAUGGACAACAUUUUCCAGGAGGCCCUGGCGCUGGCAGAUCAGUUCUCGCAGCUCAACCACCAAGAUGACGUGGACAUCAGCCUGGUCGACUCGGCUCCGCAGAGUCUGCCCGGCGACAACGAGCUUCUCUCGUUGGACGUCAACAUGCUCGCCGCACUGGCCGAGGCGCGGCGCCAGCUCCCACCUAGCCAGCCCGCUCCCGUGCCCUCCGAGUCGCCGCUGGACUCUUCAUUUCCCGCUCCGACGGGACCGUUCACCGUGUCUUCCCUGCGCUCGGCGUCGGCAGCGGCAGUGGCGCAGGCGGCGGCGGCGGCGUCAGCGGGAGGUCUCACCCCGCCGCCGCUGGACUCGAAGACGAGAACGGGUGGUGAUGAUGAGGCUGACGAUGUGGCGGAAAGUGGGGUAUCUGAGCCUGCUCCAAAGUCGGUGGAAGCUCGAAGAACAGCGCCGUCGACGGCGAGAGAGAUUGAGAAGGCACCUGAGGCCGCUGCGGUAGAGUCUGUUAGUGAUGACCCGGCACCUGCUGCCCCCUCUGCUGCCGCGCCGACGCCGUCCCGAUUGGCCAGUCGACAGCCGCGAGACUCACUGGCAGUGGCGUCGGGCCGCAGACUGGCGACCCCAGCUGCCGCCGCUCGCGCUCCGGCGCCGGCCCGCACACCCGCCCCUGCUGCUCCCCCGCCGGAGGAUGACGCCGGGUACGCCCAUUUGUGUGAGCAGGCGUCCGCAGAACAGAGGGAGUUAGAACUUCAGGCUGAUGAGGAGUACGAGAACCGUCAGUUUGAACAGAUGGAGCGGCGUGUAUCCAGAGAGGACGUCCUAGACGCAGAGUCCGCCCUGGACUCGGAGUCAGGACUCGGAGCCGGCACCGCAGACUCCACAGAUGGACAGCGAACGGGACCGCCACGCUCACAGCUCUCCCGCAAGGAGACAUACAUCUGCCGACCAAACACGGGCACGUUCAAGAUCGACAAAAGACAGAGGUUCGGUACAUUCAAGGUGGACAAGACGGGGACGUUUAAGGUACCGCGCGCGUCCGCGUCGGCGGCUCGCUCCCUACCUCCGGAGCCGCCGCCGGGAGGAGACGUCAAUGGGAACCAGGAGGGGCCCGGGGAGGAGACGGGAGGCGGUACUCCGGCCAGCGAUCUCAAUGGCAGGACAGACGUGCAGUCGGACAGUAUGAACAACACCUACUGCCACGACGUCGACCGCUUCGAUGAGCGGUCGCCGUCCCCGCCGCGCGGCCCGCUCUCGGCCAGUACCCCGGAGCGCGGCGACCCGUCGUCGGUGGCGGCGCCGGUGUCAGCGCUGGGCCGGCGCGCGGCCGCGCUGCGCCGCCCCCUCACCUCCACGCCGUGCCGAUCGGUGGGCAGCAGCGGCAGCAGUAUCGGCGUCACACCCAUCCGCGCCGCGCCCAUGGAGACCCCUGAGGAGAGCCCCGUGCCGGUCCCGAUGGCGUCCCUGCGCGGACCCGGGCUGCGGCAGCCGGCCGCUUCAGCGUCGGCCUCGGCCGGGCCGGGCACGUCGGCGCUGAAGCAGCCGGCCGCGCUGUCGGCGUCGGCGUCUGCGGCGACCGGAGGGCUGAGGAAGCCGACGGCGACCGGUCUGCGGCAGCCGGCGGCGUCUGGACUCCGCCAGCCGGCGGCCAGUGGACUCAGACAGCCGGCGGCCAGUGGGCUGAGACAGCCGGCCGCCAGCGGACUCCGCCAGCCCGCCGCCUCGGGACUCCGCGCGCCGGCCGCGUCCGGGCUGCGUCCGCCGUCCGCCUCUGGCCUGCGUGCGCCGGCCGCCGCCGGUGCGUCGCGCGCGGCGCCGGCGCGGCAGACGGCGGCGCCGCUGCGGCAGUCGUCGGCGCAGAGCGGCAGCGACAGCAGCGUGUGUAGUGUGCGCAGCCUGCCGGGCCCCAACACGAGUCGCAGCAACCCCUCCCUGGUAGCUGACAGGUCAGACGUCGAGCCGGCGCUGUCGCAGCGGCAGCCGAGGCAGCUGCCCGGCCCGGCGUCCCGCCUGCCCGGCAGGGGAGGCGGAGUGCGCCGCAGCGCGGGCGGCACGGGCUCGCUGACCAACAUCUCGCUCCAGUCGUCCCACUCGGCAGCGGCCAGCGGGCUGCGCCGGCCGGCCACCGGCAGGCUCAGAGGACAGGAGACCUCCAAGCUGUCGCUCUCCCAGCAGCCGGCCGGCAGCGAACGCUUCUAGGCCGACUGGCGCGCUCCCUUCUGUGCUGUGAGGCGGGCGCCUGGGCGGCCCGGCCAUAGUGCACCGACCAAGGCGACAUCUAUAUCGCCCACCGCCGCGAUUGUGGCGCCACCUGUGCACCGGACAUUGGGCGCUACCGCUGGGCGGCACCGCGCUGUGGAUCGAAUGUUUGCUUGGAGAACGCGUGUGAAUGUUUGUAGCGUUGUGAUUUUGUCGAGAGUAACUCAGAUAUGGUAUGUGGGUUAUGUGAGUCACUGAAAAUGGGAUGUAUUAUAAUUAUCACACCAUAAUAUAGGUAAAAUGAAUGCUAAUUUAUAAACUCGCUUCGCGUAGACCUUCCUGAAGCAAUAGGUCACUUUUACCGCUUUGUGAAGCGUCUGUGUCGCGUCUCGGUACCUGCAGAGACACACCGACAUAUCGAUCUAGUGCCUGAGGACUGGGGACUGCGCCGAUUCCAGUCGAUUUCCGCUGUUUGUUGCCUUGCCUGUCUGUGAUUCAAUUCUCAGUGUAUCAGCAGUGAGCCGAUGUCCUCGCUUCCUUGCGCUCUCAAUGGGAGGCGAGUCAAGAGAGGACUACCCUUCCGCGCGCUACUCGCUGGCGUGCAGUGAGGUCGAGCCUCUGGGCUUCCCCUGUUCCGUCGUAGUUGGCCCCGUCGCCUCCGCUGCGGUGUUGCAUUUGCGCCGUUGAGACGCGUUUUCUGCUGUUGCCUAUGUGAAGCAGAGCUGAUGUAUGUGCCCACCGCAUACGCCGUCUUCCUUUCACGUGGCUUUGUUAUACUCUACACUAACGAAAAUAUAUUUUCGGAUAUUA